AUGGCGGUUUCUUCUUCUUCGUUUCUAUCGACGUCUUCACUCUCCAAUUCCAAAUCUACCAUCUCAUUCACUUCCUCCGUUUCCCCUACCCAAAUCCCUUCUCUGCGCCGCGUCGUUUUCCGUUCCACGAUUCCGGCGACAUCUCACCGGAGAGUAAUGACUGUCCGAUCUAAGAUCAGGGAGAUUUUCAUGCCGGCGCUUUCAUCAACCAUGACGGAAGGUAAAAUCGUAUCAUGGAUCAAAACCGAAGGAGAGAAACUCGCUAAAGGAGAGAGUGUUGUCGUUGUUGAAUCCGAUAAAGCUGAUAUGGAAGUUGAAACGUUUUACGAUGGUUAUCUCGCCGCGAUUGUAAUCGGAGAAGGUGAAACAGCUCCUGUAGGUGCUGCAAUUGGAUUGUUAGCAGAAACUGAAGCUGAGAUCGAAGAAGCUAAGACUAAAUCCGCUUCGAAAUCUUCGCCUGUUGCUGAACCUGUUGUUCCAUCUCCUCCUCCUGCUACUUCAUCACCUGCGCCGGCGAUUUCUCAGCCGUCGUCUCCGGUGGAGACGGUAUCAGAUGGUCCGAGAAAAACCGUAGUGACACCGUAUGCUAAGAAGCUUGCGAAACAGCAUAAGGUGAAUAUCGAAUCAAUUUCAGGAACUGGACCAUUCGGUAGGAUUACAGCUUCUGAUGUUGAAGCUGCGGCAGGAAUUGCUCCCUCUGUGGCAUCGCCGUCUCCUCCUCCGGCACCUAAAGCUACUCCUCCGGUGACGGCAAAAACCACUAACUCGCCUCCUCUAUUGCCUGGUUCAAGCGUUGUACCAUUCACACCAUUGCAAUCUGCACUAACGAAUGCUUUUAUUGCGAGUCUCUCUAUUCCAGCAUUCCGUGUUGGUUAUUCUGUGAACACCGAUGCGCUCGAUGCACUAUACAAGAAGGUGAAGCCAAAGGGUGUGACAAUGACUGUGUUAUUGGCGAAAGCUGUAGGGAUGGCUCUUGCUCAACAUCCUGUGGUGAAUGCAAUUUGCAAAGAUGGGAAGAGUUGUACUUACAAUAGUAACAUUGACAUUGCGGUAGCUGUUGCUAUCGAUGGUGGAUUGAUGACGCCUGUUCUACAAGGUGCAGAUAAGUUGGAUCUGUACUUGUUAGCUGAAAAAUGGAAAGACCUGUUGGGGAGAGCUAGAAAACUCCAAUUACAACCUCGGGAAUACAACUCUGGAACUUUCAUUUUGUCGAAUCUCGGUAUGUAUGGAGUGGAUAGAUUUGAUGCUAUGCUGACUCCAGGAACGGGUGCCAUAAUGGCUGUUGGAGCAUCAAAGCCAACUGUUGUUGCUGAUAAGGAUGGAUUCUUUAGCGUGAAAAACACAAUGCAGGUGAAUGUGACCGCGGAUCAUCGGAUUAUCUAUGGAGCUGACUUGGCUGCUUUUCUUCAGACCUUUGCAAAGAUCGUUGAGAAUCCAGAUAGCUUGACUUUAUAG